ACCUAUCCAGUUAGCCCGGAAGCUAAAAACGGAGAUUUUCUGAUUUCUCGUAAACCCUAGGCGGUUCCGCCCGCUUCUUCAACAGCCAUGGCCGGCGGUAACAAUACAAGCCAGCCGUCUCAGAAGCCUCCUUCUUCUUCCACCGCCCCUUCUAACCGGAAAUCCCGCUGGGAGUCCUCCACCAACAAUCCUCCCUCCGAUCCCAAAUCCGAUUCUAAAUCUUCCAAACCCCAUAAUCCUUCCUCCAAGGUUGCAAUUAGUCCCAAUUCCACUCACCCCAAGCAUCCCGCCGACAAGGCUGCUAAUCCAACUCCGGCAUCGGCUCCUCUCCAUUCACCUGGAGUUCUUCUUCCCUUUUCCGAUCCCUCGGAUCUUGGCCCACCGCCUCCGCCGUCUUAUGGAUUCCACAUGCUCGAUCGUCGCACGAUUGUUCUUGCUGAUGGCAGCGUACGGUCGUACUUUGCUCUCCCUCUGGACUAUCAAGAUUUUACUCCGCCUGCAAGGCCCAUGGAUCUUGCUGCUCGGUUUUUACCAAUGGGCUCCGGUGGUCCUGGCCGUGAAUAUGGUGGAUUUGACCGUCGGUUUCCCCCCGGUGGCCCUAUGAGUCCAAAUGAAUUUCGGGGUGUUCGGGAAGAACAAUUUGCUCGUUCCAGGCCUCAAGAUCACUGGAAUUCUCGAGGGACUGACGAACGUGGUGGUCCUGCAGAAUUUUCGAUGAAGAGGAAAUUCAAUGACGACAAUGAGAAAGACAGGAAGGAUGAGAAAGACGAAAUGUCUAGGCGACAACAGCAAUUCUUGCACAAUGAGAAUGCAAAUGGGUUUCAUACUGGUUCUGGCGAACGGCGGGGUGAUUUUUUGGUGGGAACGAGUGAUCCAUAUGGUCGAACAGAAGAUAUAAGGUUCUCGAAGUACAUGCGAGUUGGUGGUAGUUAUGAAAACGAAGGUUUAAGGCCAGGUAGCGGUCACAAUGUAGCUCCUAAAUAUUUGGAAAUUGACCAGAAUGCAUUGAGAAAGGCAUUCCUUCACUUUGUGAAGACUAUCAAUGAAAACGCAACUCAGAAAAAGAAUUAUUUGGAGGACGGGAAACAUGGGCGUCUUCAAUGUCUUGCUUGUUCAAGGUCCUCUAGAGAUUUUCCAGAUAUGCAUGGCCUUAUUAUGCACACAUACAACUGUGAUAGCGCUGACUUGCUAGUAGAUCAUCUGGGUUUACACAAAGCUCUUUGUGUAUUAAUGGGGUGGAACUACUCAAAGCCUCCUGAUAGUUCAAGAGGGUACCGGUAUCUAUCUGCUGAUGAAGCAGCAGCUAACCAGGAGGAUCUGAUUAUGUGGCCUCCUCUAGUUAUCAUCCAUAAUACAAUUAUUGGAAAGGGUAAAGAUGGGCGCAUGGAGGGUUUGGGAAACAAGGCAAUGGAUAGUAAAAUUAGAGAACUUGGGUUUGGGGGUGGGAAGUCGAAGUCUUUGUAUGGAAGGGAGGGUCAUUUGGGCACAACCUUGAUCAAGUUUUCGGGUGAGCAGUCUGGCCUCAAUGAAGCCAAGAGACUGGCUGAAUUUUUUGAGAAGGACAAUCAUGGACGUAAAGCUUGGGCUUGCAUACGACCUGCAGCAUUGGGCAAUGAUGAUGAUAAAAACCCAAACCUUGUGAAGGUGGAUGAAAAAACUGGAGAGAGGAAUAGAAUUUUCUAUGGUUAUCUUGCAACUGCAGCUGAUAUGGACAAAGUUGAUUUCGAUACAAGGAAGAAGGUAGCCAUAGAGAGCUAUAGGGAUAUCAAAUCAUCAAGGUAGAAUAUCUCCAAAUGUAGUUCAGCUCAUGUUUAAUUUGCAUCCUCGGAUGAGCUGCAACGCUUGGAUCCGAUUUAUUUUUGAGCUCGAUGGUCAUCGGUAUAAAGUCUACCAAACAGCUUGUUGAAUAUUGUCCGUUCGUCAAAAGGAGGUGGGUGGUUGUUUGGACUACCAGUGAACAUUACUUCAGGAAUUUCCCUGGUUUUGUUGCAUAAUUUUAUUUCUACCGUAGGAUGAAUGUGUAUGGUAGGAUGUUGAUUAUGGAUCUGGCUUGUCAAACGUCUUAAAUUCUAAUGAUUGAAAGUUGUUGCAUAAACAAA